AUGUCUGAGUCGACCCCACUUGUCCGCCUUGGCAUUCACAACAACAUCCUCACCUCAGUCACAGCACCUUCUCGCUGUCCUCGGUGCUAUGGUUUGCAUGUAGCCAGUGCCCACCCAUGUCUCCGAGUGGUGAAAAUUGGCAACCACGACCGCGCUCUCAUGGAAUUGUACGACAUUGCUGAUGCUAUUGGCUCUAUGACUGUCAAAGAUACAGACCUUGAAGCCAACUUACUCAUGGAACUCGUGAGAGCCAGACAAGAGGUAUUCAGAGCCAAGAAAUUGCUGGCUGAUUGUGUGGUCCGUGAGCAUGAAGUUAUGGUGACUCUAUCAAAGUUUAAAUCCAGCAUAUCCGAGCGCAAACUUGACAAGGCAGACGUCAGAUUAGGAUGCAUGCAGAUCACCUUUAAAAACACGGUCUUUCUCACCAUGUGUCUCUGCAUAGCCGCCGGUCAAAACAUCACUAUCAAGUUGGAUUGA